AUUAACACAGAGAAAAGAAAAAGAAACAACAAUGUCACUCCUAGCCGUCGUCCUAAUUCUCUUGGUCCUCUUUGGAUCCUUCGGAUUCCUCUUCGCGAAAGUAUCACGGCACGGAUCUUCUAGAAACCUAGGGAAGCUUCCACCGGGUCCACGUGGCCUGCCGGCCAUCGGACAUCUCCACAUGUUGGGGAAACUCCCACACCAAACCCUAACCCACUUAUCCAAGAUAUACGGACCCAUCAUGUCCAUCAAGCUUGGGACCGUCCGAACCAUCGUUGUCUCCUCUCCACGCGCCGCCGAGCUCUUCCUCAAGACCCACGACCUCGUUUUCGCCAGCCGGCCUAAAACCCAAGCCGGCGAGAUCUUCUUCAACGGAUCCAAGGCCGUGGUUUUAACUCCGUACAGUAAAUAUUGGCGAGAUGUACGGAAACUCUAUGCCGUUCAUCUCCUAAAUCCGUCUAAGAUCGAGCAGUUUAAACCAAUCAGAACAGAAGAGAUUGGUGUCGUGAUGAAUCAUCUUAAAAAUGCGGCGGAAAAGGACGAGGUAGUAAAUGUUAGUAACAUAAUGGUCGAGCUUUUGGAAAAUUUGGUUUACAGGAUGAUUUUCGGACGUGGUAAAAAUGAUGCCGAUGACAAGCUUAAAGAGCUUUUGGAGGAGAUUGCGUCAACGACCGGAGCUUUCAAUAUUUCAGAUUAUUUUCCUUUACUUGCUCCUUUAGAUCUUCAGGGUUUAGCUCGGAGGAUGAAAACACAACGCAAGUCAAUUGAUGUAAUAUUUGACAAGAUCAUCGAAGAACAUGAACAGCAAAAGCAUCACAGGUCCAAAGACCACAAAGACUUCGUUGAUGUACUUCUGUCUUUGUUAGAUCAAUCCAUCGAUCCACAAGACGAAAAAUCAGAAAUCAUCAGCCGAACUCAUAUCAAAGCAAUACUACUAGACAUUGUCGGAGUAGCAUCAGAGACCUCAGCAAAGGCGAUCGAAUGGACCUUCUCAGAGAUCUUGAAGAACCCUCGUGUUAUGAAAAAGUUACGAGAGGAGUUAGAAACUGUUAUUGGGAUGGAUAAGAUGGUGCAAGAAAGUGAUUUACCAAAGCUAACAUAUUUGGAUAUGGUUAUAAAAGAAGGUCUUAGGCUACAUCCUGUUGGACCCCUUUCGGUUCCUCACGAAUCUAUGGAAGAUGUUUGGGUUGAUGGAUUCUACAUACCGAGAAAAUCAACAGUUCUGAUUAACAUGUGGUCUAUGGGAAGAGAUCGCGAUGUAUGGGGUGAUAAUACCGAAGAAUUCUAUCCCGAAAGAUACGAAAAUGAAGAUAGUGAUAUACAAGGCUUAGAUUUCAAAUUUAUUCCUUUUGGCUCCGGACGAAGAAGAUGCCCUGGAAUGCAGAUGGCAAUGUUGAAUUUGAGGCUUGUUUUAGCUCAAAUGGUGCAUUCCUUUGAUUGGAAGAUGCCUUAUGGAAUGGUUUCGGAGGAUAUUGACAUGGAUGAGGAGCACAUUGCUUAUGUAACAGUUGGAAGAGCAAAUAAUGUGUUUGCAAGGCCAAUCUAUCGUUUGAAUUGUUAGAAAUUGCUUAAUGUGGUUUAGAUGAAGUGAAAAAAUAUAUAAUGAGAGAAUGAUGAUAUGGAAAUUCAAGGCAUAUGGAUUUGAGGUGUAAGUUACCAAAUGUAAAUGUUUUUCGAAGUAUUCAUUGACGUUUGUCUAAUUGUCUCAA